GGUGGAUAGUCCUAGUUCAGCUCAAAGCCUCCAUUGCCGGCCGCAUCUUCUGGUUGUGCUCUGCUCUUGCUCCACCCCCUUACUUCCAGCUAUGGUUGGUACGGAGAUGCUCGCGGCCGCGGCUGUGAGCCAGGUCGCCCGCAAGAUCGGCGAAAUCAUCGGCGCCGCGCAGGGCGAGGUCACGCUGUGCUGCAGUUUCAGCGACGACCUGGAGAGCAUAAAGGACACUCUGGUGUACCUAGAAGACCUGCUGAAAAAUGCGGAGAGGAACUCCUUCGGAAGCGAGAGGGCGAAUCUGCGGCACUGGCUCGCCCAGAUCAAGUCCCUGGCCUUCGACAUCGAAGACAUGGUUGACGACUACUACUCUUCCAAGGAGCAGUUUGAAGGGAGCAGCAGCUAUGCUCAGAAGGGAUCAUUGUUCUGCUCACUUUCCAAUCCCGUGAUUUCGAAAGUUAGCAUGGUUCAUAAGAUGAAAUCCAAGAGAGAGUUGUUGCAGACAAGGCAACACUUGCCAAAUCAAUAUCAUUUCAUUUCACAUAUUAACUCAGUGGUGGAUUUUGAUGAGAAGCAGACAACAUCAUACAGAAAUAGUGACAUUAUUCUUUUUGGGAGAGAUAGAGACUUAGAAAAUCUCAUGGACAUUAUAAUGCAGAAAAGUGUCGGUGAGAUUUCCAUUAUUUCUAUAGUAGGGCCCAUGGGUCUUGGGAAAACAAGCCUUGCACAGCUAGUUUUCAAUGAUGCCAGAACAAAGGCAUUCAGCUUCAGGAUAUGGGUUCAUGUUUCCAUGGGUAAUGUCAGCCUUGAAAAAAUCGGGAGGGAUAUAGUUUCACAAACUACCGAAAGGAUUGAGGGAAAUAUGCAAUUACAAUCAAUUAAGAAUGCCGUUCAAACCAUACUUAAUAAGUAUAGCUGCUUAAUAGUAUUAGACAACUUGUGGGGUAAAGAUGAAGAAGUGAAUGAGCUGAAGCAGAUGUUGCUCACAGGUAUACAGACAGAAAGCAAGAUUGUAGUGACCACCCAUAGCUAUAAAGUUGCUGAGUUGGUGUCUACUGUUCCACCUUACAAGUUGUCUGCAUUAUCUGAAGAUGAUUGUUUGAGUAUAUUCUCACAAAGGGCAAUGACUGGGCGUGGUGACCCACUGUUCAGGGAAUACGGAGAAGAAAUUGUUAGAAGGUGUGGCGGCACACCUUUGGUUGCUAACUUUCUUGGAUCUGUGGUGAAUGCUCAACGACAGAGGCGUGAGAUCUGGAAAGCUGCCAAGGAUAAAGAUAUGUGGAAGAUAGAGGAAGAUUAUCCCGAAGACAAAAUUUCACCACUAUUUCCAUCAUUCAAGAUAAUAUAUUACAAUAUGCCUCACGAACUAAGAUUAUGCUUUGUAUACUGUUCAAUCUUCCCUAAAGGAUCUGUCAUGGACAAGAAAAAACUUAUUCAGCAAUGGAUUGCACUUGACAUGAUUGAGUCCAGACAUGGAACCUUACCUCUUGAUGUAACUGCUGAGAAGUAUAUUGACGAACUUAAAGCAAUAUAUUUCCUUCAAGUUAUAGGAAGGCAUCAAACUGCUGGAGAAAUAUUCAAUGCAUCAGAGGAAAUGCUCUGCAUGCAUGAUUUGGCACAUGAUCUUGCUAGGUCAGUUGCUGGUGAAGAUAUCCUUGUGAUUUUGGACACGGAGAAUGAUCGCCAUAAUAGAUUUUGUGAUUAUCGUUACGCACAGGUGUCAGCUUCAAGCUUACAGUCAAUAGAUAGCAAGGCUUGGCCUUCCAAGGCAAGGUCACUCAUUUUCAAGACUAGUGGUACAGAAUUGGAAGAUGUCAGCAAAGUUUUUUCAGUUAACAAGUAUCUGCGUGUUCUGGAUCUCAGUGAAUGUUCUGUUAAUGAGAUACCUGCUCCUGUUUUUCAGCUUAAACAGCUGAGGUAUCUUGAUGCUUCCACUUUGUCCAUUACAACACUCCCUCCUCAAAUUAGUAGCUUUAAUAAGCUACAAGCAUUGGAUCUUUCAGAAACUGAACUCAUGGAAUUGCCAUCCUUCCUCAGCAACUUAAAGGGCCUGAAUUAUUUGAAUCUCCAAGGUUGCCAGAAACUUCAGGAAUUGAAAAGCCUUGAUUUGCUGCAUGACUUACAUUACCUAAACCUCUCAUGCUGUCCUGAAGUUAGAAGCUUCCCUGAAUCUAUUGAAAACCUCACCAAACUUCGUUUCUUGAACCUGUCACGGUGUUCUAAGCUUCCGACAUUACCUAAUAGACUACUGCAAUCAUUUGCUAGCCUUUGUUCUCUUGUAGAUCUGAACUUAAGUGGUUUCGAGUUCCAAAUGCUGCCUGAGUUUUUUGGCAACAUUUGUUCACUUCAAUAUCUGAAUCUAUCAGAAUGUUCUAAACUUGAGGAGCUCCCCCAAUCAUUUGGUCAGCUUGCAUAUUUGAAAGCCCUAAAUCUUUCAUCUUGUCCUGAUCUUAAAAUUCUUGGUUCCUUUGAAUGCCUUACUUCUCUUCAGUUUCUGAAUCUCUCAAACUGCACUAGUCUUGAAUAUCUGCCACUGUGCCUUAAAAAGCUCCAAAAUCUCGACGUUUCUGGGUGCCAGGAUGGUAAUCCUGUUCUAGCAGCUCUGGGAGUUCGCCAUCUCACCAACUUUCAUAGCAAGCUGAGCAGCUCAGAUUAAGUAUUGAUAUCUCAGAGAUCAUUCUGGAGGAGCCUGCGAUUGGAGAUCUGAAAGGAAAGAAGAUAUUGGCAUCUGCUUCGCACUUGGAUGUAGUGCCUGAAGUUAUUACUAAGAUUGAGUUCCUGAAGGGGAGCCUUGGCGCAGUGGUAAAGUUGCUGCCUUGUUAAUUUAAUCUGAGCUGCUCAAGUCCUUGUUAGUUCAAGUCCUGGAAACAGCCUCUUGCAGAAAUGUAGGGAAAGGCUGCGUACAAUAGACCCAAAGUGGUCGGACCCUUCCCCGGAUCCCGCGCAAGCGGGAGCUACAUGCACUGGGCUGCCCUUUUUUAAAUAUAGUUUGAGUUCCUGAUGAUAUACCCAAAGUGGUCGGACCCUUCCCCAGACCCUGCGCAAGCGGGAGCUACAUGCACCGGGCUGCCUUUUUUUAUAUAGAUUGAGUUCCUGAUGAUGUACAAAAUUAUUAUGCAAAUUUGAACCACUGUUGUCAGUAGCAAUUAAAAAUGCUGAAAAAGUGACACCUUUGUGUAUUUUUUAACGCCUUUGUGUUG